AUACAGUAAACUGCGGACCAAAUGAUACAGCGAGGUGCGUUUAAUUGGGCAGGUGUCCCAUGCAUGUCAGCACUUUAACAGACAUAAAAUGCACAUGUAAUGCUGCCUGCAUGCAAUGACGGACACAAGUACGAAGAGCACAAUUUCCGCAGAUCCGCGAUCGGAAACACACGCCAUGCGUUUAUUUACUAGGAAGUCAUAUACCCAACUGACUAUCACGAGACUGAGACUGAUCAUUAUUUACGCAUUGUUUUUAUUUCCUCAUUUUAUAAACACACAAUGGGUUGCUGCUCAAAUAACGAUGAAGAAAGACCUGUUUUAAAUGUCCUGCAAGACGAAUUUCGGCGUGGACGUAAAGCCGAAGAUUUCCAAAAUCAUAAAGUAUUCAAACAAAUUCUUAAACAUAUUUGUGCGACACUGUGCUUGUACAAACCUUUUGGAUGGGGCUUGAUUGUGAGUGUCUUCGUGGCAUUGAGCUGCAUAUUUCAAGUCGUUUACGUCUUGGCUGUGGCGAGAGGCUGCCCGAAUUUUCACUGUGGAUCACCAGAGAAACUGGUUGAGAGACUCUUCAACGAAACCUAUGGUGCUUCAUUUGAAAAGGCAUCGAAUACCUUACGCGCUCUGUUGUCGAUUAGUGGAUUGUUUUCGUAUAACCUCUUACUGAUAUCAUUAUUGAUAAUGCAUCGCAGAAAACGACAAGGAAAGCAAAAAGCAAUUAGCCCGUCAGAUGCUCUAUUUAAUGAUUUAUCAAACACACAAGUUAAAUAUAUUUUCCUUUCUCAAACUGCAAUGAUAGUAUGUUUCCUAUCUUCCGUAGUGAUUGUAUAUUUUCAAAUAACCACGCAGCCCAUGUCAGGAGGCUGGCAUCCUUAUUGGUUAUUCUUUGGUGGAACUUUGAUGUUCGUAGCGCAAUCGGCAGCUGUUACUGGAUGCCAAGCGUUUGCUAUUCCGUGCCUCGCAUUAGGGACUUUGGCAAACGAUACCGUAAGGAGGAUAAAAGAAAUAGGGAAAAAGAAGAAAAAAGGGAGGGAGAACUACGGAACUACAAGUAAAAAUACUUCAAUAUCUAAUGCAAAAAAAGUUGGGGAAAAAGGAGACCCGGAAAGUGGCCCAAGUGCUAAGAAUGUCGUACGUUGUACAAAUGACCUUGAUAUCGCUUUUGAAUAUCAUGAAGAACUCUGCGCCAUCGUAUCUGGGACUGUUUCAGCAUACUGUCCAUGGUUCGUGAUGCACUGGCUUUGUUACGGAGCAACCUUCCUAAUUGAGAUCAUCUUUAUAUCUGAAUUAGAACUAAGUUUCUUCAGAAAUCCCCUACAACUUGUUUCCACCACUGUAGCGCUCGUAUGGGUUUUGUAUUUGUUGAUGUUGCCAUGUAUAUGCGCGACCUACAUAACAGAUACGUGUGGAGGAAUCGCUGCCCGUGUCAAUGGAACUACAUUUAAAGACUGGCACGAAGAUCAUCCAUUUAGGGACCGUGCCAAAUUGAUAAUGUUUACAACCUAUGCGAAAGACAGACAGUGUGUUUUUAAAGUCGGUAGGCUAACAUUCACGCCGACACUGGCAUGGAUUUCACUUCUCCUUGGAUCGACUGGAAUCCUCUUCCAUUUCUUUAGUUAAGUUGUUUGUGAAUGUGUACACUAUAUAGCCUUACACUAUAGUCACAAUUAAAGCCCAUUACCAGGGAAAGAAAUAGCGGACGAUUUCAUAAUUUUAUUUAGUCAAAAUCAUGUAGUAAAUUAAUGCUCUGGCCCACUUAAAGCUUUAUUUUGGAACGAAUCGAAUCCGGGAAUUUUCGAAAAAGUCUAUAACGUUUAUUACUACGUCAGUUCUCUGCUCAUGACUUCAGUUUUUCGUCUCACUCUUGUCCUGAUAUGUUGUAUACAACUAUAGUUCAAUGCGCCAUUGAGACGCAUUGAUAUUCUUUGAGGCUACAUGCCAACGAGGCAACGACAACCACCAGUACGAAUAAGUCCCCCUGCAAGUUAAGCACUCGCCACAUGCAUUACACGCGCCAACUAUUUCAACUAGCAGAUUCAACCUGCAUGGACGGUGCUCCUAUAUUUCACAGUAACCGUAAUUCUACCAUAAUUUUUUCUGCAUAUAUGCAUGAAGAGAACUAUUUUAAAAUCAAUUGGAUGUUGAAAACUUAUGUACCCAUGCGACCAGUUAUUCUAAUUUAGAAUAACUGGUCAGUAAUCUCUCGUUUCAAAUCCGAACCGUAAACUUGCUAAAUUGUAUAGCCACCUUGUCCUUGAGUCUUGACAUGAGGGAACCUUCAUUGAUUAAAAAAACAACCGUAAAUUUACAGUAAAAUGUUUUAGCUCAAAUAGAGCACUCUUUAAUACUGGCCAUGUGUGGCCUGCAUGUUUCAAGAAAACGAAUUUUUAAGAUUAAUUUUUACGAAUGUAUUAACGUAUAAUCGUUAAAAGCUUUCUAUAUAUUUUACCAAAUGUAAAAAUUAUUAGACCUUUCCGCACGCGGUGCGUGAGUUUUGCGUGGAAAGAUUUGAUUGCCUAAUUUGGAGCGCGGAAAAAGUUCGGACAAGCAAAACAUUGAAAACAAUAUAUUUACAAGCCUAACAAUGGAUAUCACGACAAUAACAGAUGAAACCUUGGACAAUAUGAAGCAUGUGUAUAAUCUGAGAAACUUUCGCCGCGUGCGGAAAGGUUUGCGAUGUAUCUAAUUCUAUUUUAUAAAAUAUAAAAAAAAUUAAAUUGAGAACAG